CACGAGCGAACGCUUGCUACCGCUGUGGAUGACUUCAAAGUGGAGGGAAUGCCGUAUAACCACCUCUCAAACUCAUCAAUCCCACCCUUCCAAGCUCCGAAAUCCCCAUUCGAGAUUCACGCCUUCAACCCAUCGUCACCCUUGACUAUACCUGAGCCGGGACCUGCAAGACCUGCAACAAAAUUGAACACCUACGGUAUCCCCGGCGAACCUGAAGAUAUGAUUACGGUGUUUGAUGCAUGCAUCAAAGUCGGAAAGCUGGAAAGAGCAGCACUGGUGUUGAAGCGUCUCGGCACCCAGGGAACUGCAUCAGACGAAGAGCGAAUCAUUCUCAACAACAAAUAUCUCAGGGCAUCUCUCAACCAAAUGCGCACCAAACCCGAUCGAACACAAGCCGAGCAGCUCCACCAAUGGUACGAGCUACAAAUCAGAAGCAAAAAUCUGCCACACACGGCCGAAACGAUUGCCUGCAUGCUCAAAGCAUCGCUGCUUUCCGAGCGAGGCGCCAGAUUGGAACGUCUGGUGAAGCGAUACAUGGGAAUGGCACCGGACGAAGCUGGACUGCGAGUUCUAAGUAUGGACGAAAUCUUAAGCGACCAAGACCUUGCCGUUAUUACCGAAAUCUGUCCUACAUACAAUUUCGCGGUCGAUGAAGGUGAUAUGGAAGACUCAACUUUUACGCCAGAGAAGUAUGAAGAUGCGCAGGCUUCUCCGGCUGUUGAUACUAAGCUGAGCGAAUCAAAAACUUUUGAGAGUGUUCCGGAGCUCAUUCCAACCCCGCAGCGAGGAGAGGGCCUCAACACCUUGAAGAAAGGUCUCGGGCUCUUAUUGGGGCUACAGGAUGUCGACAUCUCCAAGCUACCAUAUUCCGACCGAGUGGAUAUUCAACUGCAGCUGGAAAGGGACUCAAUUGGUUCUGCAAUUGAGAAAUGGCGUCUCGAUAAUAAGAAUCUGCAAAAACGAGGCGUCACUACGGUUUUGUCGCCAUCUUCGAGAGAAGGUUCCAUGUCGCAGAACAUGGCAUCGUGGAUGAGCGCUAUGGAGAGCCGCAUCCACCAAGAGCUGAGAUUAAUUGAGCAAUCAGAGGCGAAAAAAUCGAAAUCAGACAAGGAUUUGACAAGAUGUAUCUACGGUCCCUUUGUUCAACAGGGCGAACCGGCACGUCUUGCAGCUGUAACGAUUCUAUCGGUUAUCAACCUUGGGACUGUCCUUGGUGUUGAAAAAGGCAUCCCAAUCAGCAGAUUGAUCACGCAUAUUGCAAAAGCUGUGCAGGACGACACCGAGAUGUAUCAGAAGGAAUUGGCCGAGAGAAAGGCUCGACGACAGCGAAAACUUCGCUUUGUGGGCAAACCAGACAAAUCAGGCAAAGAGGCCAACGGCCAAGAUGCCAACCCCGCUUUACUCGAUGCGACUGAACAGCAGAAAACUAUGGAAGAAAACAGCCGAGAACCUUGGUCCAUACAAAUCAAAGCUCAAGUUGGCUCAAUUUUGCUACAAAUGUUGAUCGAGUCAGCCAAAGUCAACGUUGUGGCAGAGGGCUCAACAUCCAAAGAGCUGAUUAGCCAAUACCAACCCGCCUUUAAUCACCAGACGCUACUUCGAAAGGGCAAAAAAGUUGGCGCCCUCUUUUUCAACACCCACUUGGUUGAGCAGCUAAAGCGGGAACCAAUGGGCGAUUUCAUUGCCAAACAUCUCCCCAUGGUUGUGGAACCCAAACCUUGGACGUCCUUCAGCGAAGGUGGAUUUUUGGACAGCAAGACCAGCCUUGUCAGAGUCAAGCCCGGUGACGUCGAGCAAAAGUUGUACAGCAACGCGGCGAUCAAGCGCGGAGAUAUGACGCAGGUGUUCAAAGGUCUGGACAUCUUGGGUAAAACAGCAUGGAUCAUUAAUAAGGAUACCUUGAAUGUUAUGAUGGAGGCAUGGAACAGUGGCGAAGAGAUUGCCGACAUUCCACCUCUCAACCCAAAGUUGGAGGCCCCUACAGAACCAGAUUCUUCAGCAGAUCCCCUUGUACGGAAGAACUGGAUUCGAGCAGUGAAGGCGAUUGAGAACGAGCGGUCUGGUUUACACUCUCAGCGAUGUUUCAUGAACCUACAGCUGGAGAUUGCACGAGCCUUCCGUAAUCAGACGAUAUAUUUCCCACACAACGUCGACUACCGAGGAAGAGCCUAUCCGAUGCCAACAUAUCUCAACCACAUGGGUGCCGAUCAUGCGCGAGCCAUUCUGAAAUUCGCCAAAGGCAAAGAGCUGGGAGUCCGAGGUCUGCGGUGGCUGAAAAUCCAUCUGGCUAACGUGUACGGCCUGGACAAGGCUAGCUUCGACGAACGUGAAGCCUUUUCGGAUGAGAAUGUGGCCAACAUUAUCGACUCUGCCACCAACCCCUUGGGAGGCAGCAGAUGGUGGCUCAAAGGCGAAGACCCAUGGCAGUGCCUCUCUGCGUGUUUUGAACUCAAAGCUGCUCUUGAGCUCCCUGACCCCACCAAAUUUAUAUCACACCUACCAGUCCACCAGGAUGGUACUUGUAACGGACUUCAACACUACGCAGCUCUCGGUGGUGACACCUGGGGAGCAAAGCAAGUCAACUUGGAGCCCGGAGAGAGGCCUGCAGAUGUGUACUCAGCAGUCGCUAGCCUGGUUAAGGAGGCCAUCGCCAAAGAUAUGGAGAAGGGAAAUGCGUUUGCACAAGCACUCAACGGAAAGAUAACCCGCAAAGUGGUCAAGCAGACCGUCAUGACGAAUGUGUACGGUGUUACCUUUGCCGGAGCGAAGAAGCAAAUUUGCAAACAAAUCGACGCCUUAUAUCCCAACCUGGGCAAAGAAUGCGGCAUUCCCAAUAUCCUAUUGUCUACUUAUAUUGCGAAGCAAGUCUUCCAAGCUCUUGCCACCAUGUUCAGAGGUGCCCACGACAUCCAGUACUGGCUUGGAGAGAUUGGUGGACGUGUGUGCCGAGCGCUGACUCCAGCCCAGCUACAGCAAAUUGUAGACUCGUAUGGCGAGGGCGAGGACGGUGCUUCUCGCGCCAGCAAAACCAGGAAAAAGGCACCUACCGGAAAGAAGGUCGAAUUCGAUGAUCUUGUUCAGCAGUUCCGUUCAUCCGUUGUUUGGACGACGCCACUUCGAAUGCCCGUCGUUCAACCGUAUCGCAAGACAACUGCACGAGAAAUCAAGACGUGCCUUCAAGCUGUCAUUUACCCUUUGAGUGACCAAACGGAUCCCGUCAACAGGAGGAAGCAGCUUCAAGGAUUCCCUCCCAACUUCAUCCACUCUCUGGACGCUAGUCACAUGUUACUGUCGGCGCUGGAAUGUGAUGCGCGAGGACUCGACUUUGCUGCCGUCCACGAUUCAUUCUGGACACAUGCUGGAGAUCUCGAUGUUAUGAAUGAGGUCUUGCGAGAAGCCUUUAUCCGAAUUCAUGAAGAGGAUGUUGUUGGCCGCUUGGGCGCCGAAUUCGAGGCACGUCAUCAAGGAUCUAUCUAUCUUGCAAAGAUUGAUCCUGAUACCCCCGUCGCUCAAAAGAUCAAGGAAUUGCGCAAAAAGAGCAAGCUGUCUCCCAAGGAGGAGCUUCUCCUUGAACAUAAGCGUAACCAGUUAAAGCUCUCCGGGAACCCCUGGGACCUUGAAGCUGCGAAGCAAAUUGUCACCCCCGCAUCAGUGUACGAGGACAUGAUGGCUGCCGAAGUCGACAUGGAUAUCCAAGAGGACGCCAAGGAUAUUGGACUUGGUGCCAUUCCGGAAGACGAGGCUCCCAGUGUUGAUGCAGAGGAGAUUGAGGCUCAAACCGAAGACUCCUCCCAAGCUGCCGACCUGGCUAAGAAACUCAUGAAAGACAUGGAAUCGUCCUUCUUCGAGACCCAGAUUACGAAGCCGAAGAAGACGGCUCCUGCCAAAAAGCAGAAGAAGGUGCCGCUUCCCGUUUGGCUGCCGCUCACUAUCCCGAAUGUUCCUGAGAAGGGUGAUUUCGAUGUGAAGCGCUUGAGAGAGAGCAAGUAUUUCUUCUCAUGAAGGAGGCAAUUACGAAGUGGCGUAUAUCUUGCGUCUACUGCUGCGACUAUGUAUAAUGAAGGACGGAUAUUUAAAAAGGAGAAACGGAAAAUGGAGGUGGAAUGGCGUUGAAAACUUAUGCAUCUACAUGGCGUUUUUUAUUCAGUACUGGAGUUUGAAGAACAUGGGGGGCAUUUUAAGCGAUUUUUGUAUACAAGCAAUGUAUAUUAGGAUUCAGGAUGAAGGAGUUGAUUGACACCACUCAAACGGUGGCUGGUCAGGUGUACAUCAAUGUAACACUCCAUAGUCAUGGCCAAGCUAUGAUAAAGAAUAU